AUGGCGGUCAGCAAAAACAAGCACCUUACCAAAGGCGGCAAAAAGGGAGCCAAGAAGAAAGUGGUUGAUCCGUUUUCUAAGAAAGACUGGUAUGCCAUGAAAACGCCCGCAAUGUUUAAUAUAAGAAAUAUUGGGAAAAUGCUUGUCACCAGGACCCAGGGGACCAAAAUUGCAUCCGAUGGCCUCAAGCGUUGUGUAUUUGAAGUGAGUCUUGCUGAUCUGCAGACCGAUGAAGUUGCUUUUAGGAAAUUCAAGCUGAUUAUGGAGGAUGUUCAGGGCAAAUGGUGA